GGAAUAUUCUUUCUUUCAGAAUACUCCAGUCAGCCGUGCAUUCAGUUCUGGACUCUUUCCCUCAUCAAAACCCAAGAAAAUGUCAAACCCAACUCCUGAAGCCAAGCCUGGAAACGCAGAAAACCCCCGGGUGUUCUUUGACGUAGAAAUCGGUGCUGAACGAGUUGGUCGUGUAGUGUUUGAGCUGUUUGCUGAUGUGGUCCCUAAAACAGCAGAGAAUUUCCGAGCCCUUUGUACUGGUGAGAAAGGAGUCGGUAAAAGCACUGGAAAAGCGCUGCACUUCAAGGGCUGUCCGUUCCACCGCAUCAUCAAGAGUUUUAUGAUCCAGGGUGGAGAUUUUUCUAAUCAGAAUGGAACCGGAGGAGAGAGCAUCUAUGGGGACAAGUUUGAGGAUGAAAACUUUCACUACAAGCAUGACAGAGAGGGGCUGCUCAGCAUGGCCAACGCUGGUCCAAACACCAACGGAUCGCAGUUCUUCAUAACCACAGUUCCUACGCCACACCUGGACGGAAAACAUGUGGUCUUCGGGCAAGUGCUGAAGGGAAUGGGGGUGGUGAAGAUGCUGGAGGCGAUGGAAACCAAGGAAGACAAUCCAGUGAAGCCCUGCGUCAUUGCUGAAUGUGGAGAGCAUAAAGCUGGAGAUGACUGGAGCAUUGCACUGAACGACGGCUCAGGAGACGCGUACCCUGACUUCCCUGAGGACUCCGAAGUCGACUUUAAAGAUGUAGACAAAGUCUCGACUGUGGCAGAGGAUUUGAAAAACAUCGGCAAUAACUUCUUCAAGGCUCAGAACUGGCAGUCGGCCAUCAAGAAAUACUCCAAAGCUCUCAGGUAUCUAGAAAUGUGUGGCAACAUCGUAGACGACGAUAGCUCACAGAAGAAGCUGGAGCCCACAGCGCUGAGCUGCAUUCUCAACACGGCCGCCUGCAAACUCAAACUCAAACUCUGGCAAGAAGCCAUCGAGAGCUGUGAUGAGGUGCUGGAGCUGAACCAGACAAACACUAAAGCGUUGUUCAGGAGAGCACAGGCCUGGCAGGGCCUUAAAGAGUUCAACAAAGCCAUGGUUGACUUGAAGAAAGCACACGAGAUUGCACCAGAAGACAAAGCAAUUGGAAAUGAAAUGCAUAAAGUCAAGCAGCAAGUGAAGGAAGAGAAGGAGAAAGAAAAGAAGAUUUACGCCAAAAUGUUUGCGUGAAGGAAACCGUAGCGAUCUCAGAAACACACAACCUACCUGAAUAUGCUCACUUACAUUGCACUUAGUCUAGAGAGGAGUCAAACUGAGGCGGUAAUUUGGAAAGAGAUUUGUAUCAUCAGUACUGUGUGUUAUAUAAGGUUUAUGUCUGAGUGAAGGAACAAAGUUUGAGUGCGUUUUUAGUCAGGUGAUCGAUCGCCAGAUAUUGCUAUUCGAUCUAGUCUGACUUUCACAGUUUGUUGUUGUUGUUGUUGUUUUUGGGUUCAUUUGUCUCGACUGCUGUUUAUUGACUGGUGAUGAAGCAUUUGUUUGGAGGUGGUUUUUUGUGUGAAAUGGGAAUUAGCCAUGUCAAGUGUAUGAAAUAAAACAUCUUUUCAGUGUA